GGUUUAGGUCUAUCCCGCCGCAACCGCAUGGCCGCCGCUGCGAUGGAGGGGAUCCGGCACUCGGAGGCGAAGCUCACGGUGUACGUGCACCCCUCCAACGCCGACGACGUCCGCCGCGCCGUCGCCCGCCAGCUCAACACCCUCCUCUUCUCGUAUGAAGAUCGGUUUGAUGGCGUGUUGCUAGCACAUGAAUUCCAAGUCGAGGGUACUAAAGCCAAACUCAUGGACGGUUUGGUGCCCUAUUUCGGCGUGCCGGUUCAUGCAAACAUGCUGAUGUUUUCUCCCCAGCCAGGCAUGAUCCUGGAAGGGAAGGUUGAAAUGCUUGGCAAGGAAUCAAUCCAUGCCAUUGUCUUGGGAGUUUUCUCAGCAGCUAUUAUGUCAGAUGAUAUUGCUGACAGAUUCAGAUUCAAAAGAAAGAGAGGUGGAGGAAAAUUUAUAAGCAAGUCAGACAGGGGCCAUGAGAUUAAAAGGGGAAGCAUGAUACGAUUUUCUGUUAAAAGGGUGGACACUGAAAUGAAUUGUCACAUAACUGGAUCUUUAGUGCCACCUCACACAGGAUCCAUGCUUUGGCUAUCAGUACAUGAUGCUAAAUAUGCAUCAGAAAUUAACAGUGCCAAAAUUAAAUCAAGGGACGUCGGUAUUGAAAUCGAGCAGAGUGUACCCAAUCACACAACUGUGAACAAUGAAGAUACUGUGACAAAUUCUGAACGGCCACGCAAGUCCAGGAAGAGGAAUGAUGAUGCCAAUUAAAGGUUUAAGAUGUUGUCUGGUGGAACACAAAGGUGUUCAGUUACAGCAGUAAUGGUAGUCACCAACUUGUUACUGGAAACACGAUUUUGCUCCUGCUUGUAAUCAUUGCAGAGUGAUGGUUGUUCAAUUCAAGAGUGGUGUUUUUUGCUCGGUUCAGAAGUUCUUCGCUGUCGCACCAGUAAUUCCUUAGGUAACAUUAGUUUUAUGAUGAUGAUGAUGUAAAAUAGAACAAGUACUGAAAGUGUAAUGGGUUUUUUGAAUGUUUUCUGAUCUUAUCCCAGAGAAGAUCUUGUUUAUUAACAGGUUUUCGGUUACUUCA